GUUUUGUUUCCGGGUCUCGCGCGCUUUUAGCAUGCGUGAGUUAGCAAGAGUCCAACAUAAGAAUAAUCGGUACACGUUUCUCUCUUCUCUGGCUGUCUGAUCGGUGGAAAUUGUCUCGAUAUUUAUCGAUCUUGUGGAUUUAUUUGGACCGCGGCUGUUGGCAGAGACCUUAGGAGAAAACCUCCUGUACGAGGACGAAGAGGAACACCUAAAAUAACCUCUGGACAUGAAUAUUACUCUUCAGAUGAAUUCACAGAGGGAAGGUAGGAUCUCAAUAUUGUGCUAAAAAAUAGAUAAUAACAAAAUGUUUGAGGUCUGAGCCUGUUAGCUGCGGUUUUCUGUAAAUUUAUCAGUGUUCUCUCUCUGUGGGAGCUGUAGUGACAAUAAAUUGACCUCCAUCUUAAAUUAUUCAUGAAAUCCACCAUGUAAUAUACAAUUACUUCAGUUAUUAUGACCAUCCAGUUUUGUUUUUUGGCCUUGCCCCUUCAUUUUAUAGAGAUUUCUCCAUAUCCUAUAAAUAUUUUAAUGAUAUUAUGUACUGUAAAUGAUGAAAAGCCUAAAUUCCUUGCAGUUUCACAUUGACCUGCUCAUGAAAUAAAGACAAAGAACCUCUUUUCAUCUUUCCUACAACAUUGAGGAAAGAUGAUAACCUUCAACAUUGAAGGUUUUCCUCUUCUGCACUAUUUUUAAUUAGUGCCUCAGUGAGGAACUUUUGGUUUGUGAAGUUAAGUUUUAAAAAAUAUACAUAUUCUGUAGAUAUCCACAGUAUAUUAUAUACUGUAGAUAUACUCUUCACGCCGACAGGAAGACCGACUGAUCAACCAAAUAAUAAUAAUAAGAAGAAAACAAAUAAUAUGUUAGGCAUCACUAUUCCAAGGUUAAUGUUAAGAUAAAUUCAGUCUCUUUUGGUGUCUCCUUGUGUUUCUUCAGUGUGUCCCACUGAUGUCCAGCAGCUCUCAGUGAUUAUCAAAGAAGAACCUCCUGAGCAGCAGGAGUGGAGCUCCAGUAUUGACCAGGAGGACACUAAGACCCCAUUAAAGCAGAUUAAAGAGGAACAAGAGGAACUUUGGAGCAGUCAGCGAGGAAUAGAAGAGGCUGAUACCUCUGAGUUACCGUUCACUGUUGUCCUUGUUAAAAGUGAAGAUGAUGAAGAGAAACCUCAGCCUUCAGAGCUUCAUCCAAGACAAACUGAACAGAUGGAAACAGAAACUAACAAUAAGUACUGUGAAGAACCGGAACAAACCAGGAACUCAGAUCUGGAACGGCCUUUACAAUCAGAAACAAAAGUCAAGACUAUGGACUCUUCUGAUCAUGAGACUGAAGUGGGUAGAGAAUAUCACCAAGGUUCAAAUUCCCCAGAAGACACUGAACAGAACAAAAACAAGAAGUAUAAGAAGUCAUCACAUCUCUGCUGUCAGUGCGGUAAAACCUUCAAGAGAAAUGGACAAUUAACCCAACACAUGAUAACUCACACCGAGGAGAAACCAUUCAGCUGCUCAGAGUGUGGAAAACGAUUCAACUCGAGUGGGAGCCUCAUCAAUCAUCGGCUAGUUCACAGUGAGGAGAAACCGUUUAGCUGCUCUGAGUGUGGGAAAAGAUUCAACCAUAAAAAGAAUAUGAUCACCCAUAUGGUAGUGCACACUGGAGAGAAACCCUUUAGCUGCCCUGAGUGUAAGACAAGAUUUACUCAGAAAGGAAGUCUGACCAAACACAUGUCAGUUCACAGUGGAAAUAAACCAUUUAGCUGCUCUGUGUGCGGUAAAAGCUUCACUGAUAAAGGAAAUCUAAAUAAACACAUUUCAGUCCAUAGAGGGGAGAAACAUUUCAGCUGCACAGUUUGUGGUCAAAGAUUUACCCAAAAAGUAACUCUGACAAAACAUAUAGUAGUUCAUACAGGAGAAAAGGCAUUUUGCUGCUCUCAAUGCGGCAAAAAAUUUGCCCAAAAAGCGAGUCUUGCCAAACACAUGACACUUCAUACGGGAGAGAGACCCUUCAAGUGUAUAUGUUGUGAGAAAAGCUUUUACUCUCAAGACAAUCUGGACCAGCAUAUGUUAGUUCACACAGGAGAGAAACCUUUCUGCUGCUCCGAGUGUGGUAAAAGAUUUGCCCAAAAAGUGAAUCUCACCACACACAUGACUGUUCACACCGGAGAGAAACCUUUCGGCUGCUCUGAGUGUGGAAAGAGUUUUACCCGGAAAGAAAGUCUUACCAAACACAUGACAGCUCACUCAGGAGAGAAACCGUUCGGCUGCUCUGAGUGUGGUAAAACAUUCACCCAAAAACUAAGUCUGACCCAACACAUGUCUGUUCACACUGAAGAGAAACCAUUCAGCUGCUCCCAGUGUGGCAAAGGUUUUACCCGAAAGGGGAGUGUCAUUAAACACAUGUUAAUUCACACGGGAGAGAAACCAUUCAGCUGCUCUGUUUGUGGUAAAAGAUUUACUCAAAAAGCAGAUAUGAGCAGACACAUGUCUGUUCACAGUGAGGAGAAACCCUUUAUAAUCCAGAGUACUGGAGCACAGUGAUGUAUAUUGUAAGGAUGCCUAGCCCAUGUUCACACUUUAAAGGAUGGAAGGUCCACAUGAAUGAUCAUUUUGACAAGCUUUACUGGUCUCAGAUCUGGGUUACAGCUUCAUCAUGCCACAAGUGUAACAGAGACUGGUCUGAGACUGUUCAAGUAUAUUUAGCUGUCCACGUUUCCAAAACGUUCUGCUUGCGUCUUGUUGACCUAAAGUAGAGUCCAUGUAGGGUAAUAACAAAACAUAUUUUGGGAGCCUGAGUGAUGUUAAACAUGGGUACAAGGUCCUGGUCAAGGAUGGUUGUUGGAGGCCCGUGGCUCCAGAAAUCUAGCACCAAAGUAUCCAAGGUAUUUGAGUGACAAAGCUCCACCACCCUGAAGGCUGACAUGACUCGUUAAAGAAAAUCACCCUGACAAUGGUGUUCCCGACGAGAUAGUCAGGGACUACAGAACAUUGUAAGACUGACUGGCAAACGAGAAAGUUAUACAUCAGUAAUCACCACAUUUAAGGAUCAUCAAAUAUUGUCCUACAUCAUUUUUUUAUGGUUGAUGUCUAAUUUAUUUUCUUAAAGUUGUAUUAAAAAAAUAAAAUUUAUAUGAAUGCUUAUGUCUGCUGAAGAUCAUAACUCUCUGUGUUGUUAAUAUUAUUUUGUUUUUAACUCUGUAAAGAACUUUGAGAUUCACUUUCUACCCAUAAGGCCUCAUAAAUCAACUUGCUUUGCCUAAAACAGAAA